CUUUUCAUCUGAAGGGUCCCGAAAACACCGAUGAGUCUGACCAGCGAGGAGAUCAAUUACCUUGUGUUUCGAUACUUACAAGAAUCCGGUUUUCGGUAUUCAUCGUAUACCUUUCAACAUGAAAGCCAAAUACACAAAUCAGAAUAUCGGAAUGCAAACAUUCAACCUGGAGCACUUAUCGAUGUGCUUCACAAAGGCUUGCAGUACAUGGAUAUUGAAACGCACUUGGAUGAGGAUGGGAAUGAAAUAGAAUGCGAUGUACCAAUGACUUUGUUAGGUCCACAUCGAUGCGAAGUAUCGAAAAAAGGCGGCCACAAGCGUGCAGAAUCUGUUUCCAGCGCCAUUGCUACUGGAUACAAGCGGGAACGAAAAGAGGACAAAAAAAAUCAAAAGGAUAGAGAAAAGCGCGCCCGCAAAGAUAACCCACAAAGUCCCUCUGCUGGCCAGAGCCUUGUGAAUGGACAGGAAACCACGACAAAUGGCAAUGACUACAAAGAAGAAGGCGAAGGCGAUGAUGUUGUUAUGGCCGAUGCCGACCAGCAAACCAGCAGUGUCAUAGAGAUUGCAAGUAAUGAGGCGCUGAUUUUAAAGGGACAUCAAAAUGAAGUUUUCUCUUGUGCAUGGAAUCCACAAAUACCUUUAAUGGUAGCGUCAGGAUCUGGAGACGCAACCGCCCGUUUAUGGCAGGUGCCUGCUGAAGGUGAUGAAGUACCAGAACCCAUCGUACUUAACCACUUGCCAAACCUCAAUGAUAACAAAGAUGUGACAACUCUGGACUGGAAUCCUUCCGGAACACUACUCGCAACUGGCUCUUAUGAUGGACAGGCGAGGAUAUGGACUCCACGUGGCGAAUUACGAUGCGUUAUGACCCAACAUCGUGGGCCCAUCUUUUCUCUCAAAUGGAACAAGAAGGGUGAUUUGUUGUUGAGCGGUAGUGCUGAUAACACUACUGUUGUAUGGAAUCCAGAGACUGGUGAUAUGAAACAACAAUUUGAGCUGCACAAAUUGGCAAUUUUAGACGUCGACUGGAUGGACGAUACAACCUUUGCCUCAUGUUCUACCGACCAAACUAUUCGACUUUGUAAGGUUGGUUCUACCAAGCCUUUAAGAACAUGGCAUGGGCAUGAGGACGAGGUAAACGCUGUUAGAUGGGACCCAACCGGAGAAUGGCUUGCCUCUUGCUCUGAUGACACAACAGCCAAAAUCUGGUCACCAGAUUCAGACCAGUGUGUCCAAGAAAUAAGAGGCCACGAACUACAAAUCUACACACUUCAAUGGGCACCGUACUUUGAACGUAGUGGACCCGACGCUUCACCGCGUAUACUUGCCACUGGUUCGUUUGAUGCCACCAUCAGAAUUUGGGAUGCUCUACGAGGAACCUGUCUGCAUGUCCUCAAAAACCAUACGGAAGCUGUAUACUCUAUAUCAUUUAGUCCAGAUGCACGUCUGUUAUGUUCUGGUAGCUUUGAUGAAAUGCUCAAUAUUUGGGAUGCCAAGAAGGGAACUCUUCUCAAGACGUACAAGGGCAAUGGAGGAAUAUUUGAGGUGCACUUUAACAAAACUGGUGAAAAGCUCGCAGCUUGUACCUCCAGCAAACAAGUUGUCAUUUUGGAUAUGAAAUCAUGAAAUUAGCCCACGCAAUUGCAUUUUCUGUUACCAUUCUGCAUACUAUCCACGAUCAUUGUGUCCAUAGGAAAAAAAAACAGACCUCUCUAUCUUCCCUCACUCCACUACAACUGGCGCCUCCCGAGUUAGCGGGUUUACACUUCCUUCUUCUAGACGUCAUUCGCCUUUAAUUCUAUCAAUUAUCUGAGUGUUGACUCGUUUGCAUUGCUGUCUUGGUUUUGUUGUUGUAGUUGUACUUUGUAGUAAUCUUUUCUCAAAUUUUUUCUCUCCAUCUUGUCCCUAAUAUUCGUAUAUUCAUUUUGACCACGACAACUUUUUUCAGGCAUUUAUCCUAUAAAACCAAAAAAAAAAAAAAAAGGAAA